CAGAUUCAAGAGCUUGGGCUUCAGCAGCCGUAUUGCAAUGAUCAGGGAACCUACGUUUACCUUCGGAAGUUCAUGGCGUUGCCAUUUCAGCCCGAACAAGAAAUCCCGCCAAAGUUCGAACAACUGAGACAGCAGGCUACCACAGCCCCACUACAGCAGUUUGUCGAGUACGUGUCAGACACUUGGAUCAGCAACAGCACAUGGCCCCCUUCAAGUUGGAGCGUAUACAUGAUGGCCACCACGAGUAACAAUGACGUUGAAGGUUGGCACCACGGGCUGCAUCGACAGACAGAACUUAAACUUAUACCUCCUAAUCGACCUACUUCACCAAGAGGCCUGAUUAACUGCUCUCCGCCGUGUUUCCAAGAAAAAACUUACAAGAAUGCAGCGGAAAAAGUACAGGUCCAUGCCGGCAAAAUCUUCGAGUUAUGGGAAGAUUACCAGCAGAAUAGAAGAAGCGCGGAGCAGCUGUUAUGGCAAUGCGCCCACUCAAAUGGACCGAAACGCUUGAAUUAA